CUUUGUGGGGGCUUCCCAGCAUUCCAAGGGAAUUCUUGCAGGUGAGGGUAGGCAAACUAUCCCACACGCCCAAACGGCCACUGCAGCUCCACAUUUACAACUGAAAAUAGAAAAAAAAAAUGCUCCAGGGGGCAGUUAGGGUGAUACAGCGCUGAGCUAACAUUACCUUAAAGGACUCAGUGCAACCUCAAGGGUGUGAUCACAGGAGCAGACACAGAGUGGGAGGGCAGGAUCCCAUUGUUUCUAUCCAGAAUGGCUCCACACUUGCUGAAAGGUUGAACAUGAAGGAUCUAUACAGGGCUGUUAUCUGAUGUGGAUAAGUGCGGUACAUAAACUGUAUGAGUAACAGACUGGCUUCACACAGACAGGUCCCUGUACGUCUCACAGUGGACAUACUGAAGCUUCUUUCUCUUCUGUUGCUACUUGUCAAGACAACACUGCCUGCAGCAGCAUGUUGCAGACAGUCAGUGAUUGGCUGUGGUGGGAGCGUCUGUGGCUGCCAGCAAACAUCUCCUGGUCUGAUCUGGAGGACACUGAAGGUCGUGUCUAUGCCAAAGCCUCUCAACUUUACGCCGUCCUGCCCAGCGCCCUCUGCUUGCUCUUCAUCAGAUAUUUGUUUGAGAGGUACGUAGCCACACCACUGGGUAAUGUUUGGGGAAUCAGGGACAGAGUACGUCUCAAAGCAGAACGAAACCCCUUAUUAGAAAACUACUUCUGCAACCAAGCACGAACUCCAUCACAGCUAUUGACCUUCCUGUCAGAAAGGGCUGUCUGUGGCAAGGCCGAUGUGAGGGCUCUGUGUAAGAAGACCACCUGGUCAGAAAGGAGAAUUCAAGUCUGGUUCAAGAGGCGGAGGAACCAGGAGCGUGCAGGGCUUCGGAAGAGGUUCUGUGAGGCCAGUUGGAGAUGUGUGUUUUAUUCUUUUGCGUUUGUCUACGGAGUCCUAGCUCUUUAUGAUAAACCUUGGCUUUAUAAUCUGAAGGAGGUUUGGGCAGGCUUCCCUAAACAGUCCAUGCUGCCAUCUCAGUACUGGUAUUACCUCUUGGAAAUGGGCUUCUACCUUUCUCUGCUGUUCAGCCUCACGUUUGAUGUGAAACGGAAGGAUUUCAAAGAGCAGGUGAUUCAUCAUUUUGCCACGCUGACUCUUCUGGGUUUCUCCUGGAUUUCUAACUACAUCCGUAUUGGAACCCUUGUGAUGGUGGUUCAUGACUCCGCUGACAUACUGCUGGAGGGUGCAAAGGUAUUAAACUACGCCAAGUGGCACCACACUGCCAACACCUUGUUUGUGGUGUUUACAGUUCUCUUUACGCUGACAAGACUUGUCAUCUUUCCUUUCUGGCUGAUCCACUGCACAUGGGUGUACCCAGUGGAGGAGUUUGCUCCCUUCUUUGGCUACUACUUCUUCAAUGUGAUGCUAGUGGUUCUCCUGACACUCCACCUCUACUGGGCUUUUCUCAUAGCACGGAUGGUUUACAAGUUAAUCUUCACCAAGGUGUGUUCACAGUUGGAAGGCGAUGACAGGAGCGAUGAAGAGGAGGAUGACAGUGACUCAUCGAAGGACAGAAACCACAAACUGAGUCACAUAAAUGGGUCUGGAGCCAGAGGCCGGGCCAAUGGACACUGACACACACAGACUGACAGAAACGGAGAGAGAGAGAAAGGAAAAUGGACAGCAGACACAUGGGAACAUUCAGCCUGGAUCGCAGCUGAAUCUAAUUGUUUAUAUACACUUGAAGAGAGAAAAUGAUUUCUACAGGAACUGUGAAGAAUUAUUCAUAAACUGAUUUGAAGCUGCAUGGUUUUCUGGAUUUCACUGAAUUCAGAACCUUUGAUAACUUUUCUUAUUCUACUCGUAAUUAAAAAUAGAGAAGGACUAAUUUAAUAUGCUGUUUUUGCAUUUUUGUAUAUUGUUAAGAAUAAUUUUGAUGCUAAUAACAAUAUAUUAAUUACUCACA